UUUGCAGGCUUUCACUUUCCUCAGGCCGAGGUUUCCAACCUGUUUUCUUGUUUGGGAUUUUCAUCCAUUUUCUUGGCUCAUGCAUGGCAAGCAGUGCCGUUACAUUACAGUAGUUGUGCCGAGGGAGCUAGACUGCUGGGAGUCCGCGCAGAAAAACAGGAGGCUGGAUGAAAGAUGAAUCAGUUCGGCGCCGGAGCCAGCAGUGCCGUUAAUCACCUUCGAGCCACGACCAACCAGUGGCAUCAUCCAUUUAUCAGUCGUUCUGAGGGAGCUCAACUCCUGGAAGGCUGCGAAGCCGGAUCUUUUAUACUCCGAGAGUCGAGUAAAGGUGGGAGCUAUGCGUUGUCAGUGGUUCUGCCAAGUACUGGAUCACUUGGCCAUUACCUAGUGGAAAAACGCGGACCAGAGCGUUUCUGUUUACAAGGCAGUGAGAAUUCUUUCUGCGCGAUCGAGGAGUUGCUGGCACAUUACCAUCACCAUGACAGUAUUGGCUUGCCCUGCCGACUCCGUCUACCACAGCGUCAUUCAUCAUCUAUGUCCUAUCCCUCGCGGCCCAAUUUACCUGCAUUGCCGCCCCGUAACAACUCUCGAGCAGGCUCCGUGUCCAGGCCUACUAACCCUCGCGCUCAGCCGAAAAUGCCUCAAAUGCCUCAAAUGACUCCAACACCACCACCUCAGGUACCAGGUGCUGUCUCUAGUAAACCUCAUUUAGAUGUAGGGCGUACAUAUCCAUACCCACCAAUUGCACCAGUAGGAUCGCCUGUAGUAUCACGCCAGUCACACCCCGUCUCUUCAUCUGAUGACUGGGAGCAAGAGACGUAUGAAGACAUGAGCAGCAGUGGAGUAGCAAGUGUUGCUGCUGCGGCGCGUCAUUCGCAUCCUGUCCCUCCGUCUGCUCACACACACCCCGUCUCGUCGGCGGACGAUUGGGAACAAGAGACAUAUGAGGACAUGAGUAGCAGUGGUGUUGCUAGUGCACGGCCAGGGAGUGCUUCAAGAGUUCCGCCGCCCUCCUCACCCAGACAUCACCAUGCGCCUGCUCCCGCAGCUGCGGUGGAGGAUGAGUUUGGCGAGACUUACGAAGACAUGAGCGUGAAUAGUGCUCUUCGGCAAUCUGCUCACGCAAUGACCACUGUACAGAUGGGUGGUGGGCCGUCCAUGGGAGCUUCGCAAAUGGGAGCUGCACCAAUGGAAGCAGAGGACGGCGAGAUGUACGAAGAUAUGGCGUCUGUUUCACCGAGUCUUCGAAGGUAAAUGUGCCUGCCUACUGCUUUCGCUGAUUUUUCUUUUUUUCCGUGUGUGUGUGUGUGAGUGAAUGUGUGCACAUGUGAGCGAAUGUCUUGUGUAUGCCUGCGCGUAUCUGUCUACAUCUUUUUCUACCCGUCCGUGUCAUCCUUUUCUCCAUCUGAGUGUAGUUUGUAUAUCGGUGACAGAGUAUUUCUGCUGUCGCUGCCCUUUUCUUGCGAAAGCCAGUUGUUUUGUAUGUCAGUUCCCACCAUUUGAAAACUACCUCCCCUCGCUUGAUAUUUAUUCAAAUUCUCAUUGUUUAUAGUAAUGCAGAUUUAGAUGCAAAUCUGGAAUAGAGGUUGAAUCCUGGAAAACGA